CUGAAAUAGAACAUGUUUUCUUUGCAGGGAAAGAUUUAUUCCUAUAACACGUAGGUCAAUAAUUCGCCAUCUCAUGCAGAAGAAAGAUUUUCUCACACGAGAAGAGCUGAAAGUGUAUGAAGAUUUCGCACUUGCCUUAGAUACAGCAAUUGUCAAUAAAUACCAUGGUGUUCUUCAAGAGCUUAAGAAUCUUUUUGACCCUAUCAACCCAGACAAAGACACAAUAGAAACCCGAAAAUGGAACCCAAGGGAACGUCAGGACAAUGAAUUCUGGUUGCUACAGCGACUGGAAGAUAUUAUGGAGAAGGCCAAUUUUCAUGAACUUCCAGAGGAUGUAGUCAACAAAGCAUUAGAGGAACAUGAGGUUUCGGAUGGUGUCAGGGUAUCAGUUGACAAGAACAAGUACGAUGUAUUGAAAUUUUGGGCUUUAGGACGUGAGAAGAUUACAGUAAGCGUACCUUGGUAUAAAGCCUUGUUCAUGAAGAAAGAAAACUUGCCGAAACCCAAGUUGUACUACAAACGUGUUGUGAUUGCAUUAAGAUUUAAACGAGACCAAAAACUCAUGCUUAAGUCUUUCAAGGAAAUUCCUGUGAAUGCUCUGGAAAUGAUGCUUCCAGAUGGGAAAAUCAAAAUCAGUAAAAUGGACAAAGGUAUAAUUGCAACUUCAGUUAGUAUUGCCGUGAUGGGCAUUGUAGCGAAGAUAGUAACACUCCUGGCAUCCAUGAAUGUUGAUUGGAUGCUCAUACUGAGUGGGGUGACUGGGUUGGCGGCUGUGCAGAGCUGGACAAUAUACAAAAACAAAAGGAAUAGAUAUCUAGCAGAUUUAUCAAGGCUUUUGUACUUCAAGAAUGUGGCCAAUAAUCGUGGUUUGUUGGCAUUGCUUGUAGACAGGGCAGAAGAUGAGUCCUUCAAGGAGGCUUUAUUGGUGUACACAUUUCUACUUGCUAACAGGCCGAGUACGAUGUAUGACAAGAGAAGUAUUGAAAUGUCACCUGCUGAGUUAGGUGGGCUAACUGCUGUUCAAUUGGAAGGAAGGAUAGAGAAGUGGGUUUAUCAAGUGACAGGCACAGAGGUAGAAGUCGAGUCACUGGAAGCUAUAAAUCUACUCAAGAAGUUCGGAAUUCUGUGUGAAAUUGACAAUAAGUUGCACGUGCUACCACUGAUGGCAGCAUUGCACAAUCUUCCUCAGCAACCGCAGUCAGUGGUUGCUAGGACAACAGAAUCGGACAUAUUUGAGGGUUACGAUAGAGACGUUUUCAUGGAAACUGAAGAGCAGUAUCAGGAGGAAGAAAAGGUUCAAAAGAGAAUAGGAUGGUUUUGAAAGUUGUGAAAGAUAAUUAAUAGAAAAUAAAGAUAAAUUUUACACCAAAUCAGGUCUAACAGAAUAUGCAUCAUGUCAUUUGGUAUACAUGCUGCUGGCAACAGACAGUGUAGGAUAUAAAUGGACAGAAACAGGUGUGUAGAGGACAUGCCUGAAACUAGUUUGAAUAUAGGAGCAGCCAUUAUGCAGUGUACACUUUGAAAAUGUUUAUAAAUUACCUAUUCUACAGAAAAUGCUUCCAUUUCAACUAUAUAUUACAUCAUAAAAGAAAUUGUUUUACAGAUAUAUUAAGUAGAUUUUAUUUGCAGAUGUAAAUGUUUGAACUUCCUGUGGAUAUAAGAUGUCCUCAGUUUUGUUUAAGUCUCAAAAUGCUAAAUUAAUUUCCCAAACAUUGCCCUGUCUUUUAGAUUUUUCUUGUGGUACAUAUUUUUUAAAUGUUUAUAUAACAUUUCAUUUUAGUUACCUUUAAGCGUAUUUGCAGUAAAUUUGAUGUAUUGCGUUUAAUCUUUUAACUGUUAGAUUGAUGUCUUGCAAACUGAUAUUUAGGAGUUACUAACUACAGUUGAAUGUGCCCACACAGUUGAAACAGAUGUCUAAAAUUCUAAAAAUACAAAACUUCCAGUUCAGCUUCAACUCUUAGAAAGAGCUAUAAUGAUAAAAAAUAAAUGUGUCUGACAGCACAGUUAAGAAAGUAAGACUACUGGCAUGUGGUCGAGAUAUAAUUGUUUGCAAUAUUUAUUCUCCAUUAAAGGGACAUGCCUCUAGAUUUAUGUUUUAAAUUGAUGAUUUCAAUAUUUAAUAAUUGUAAAUAAAGCAAAAUUAAAGUGGUUCUGUGUAUUCUAGUUUGUAUCGGUGUGCAGUCCAUAAUAUAUGCGGGAAAGUUCUGAAAAGUAUGGGUUACACUAUAUACCACUGUGAUGUAAACACAAGGAAUUUAAUGGUUCGUUAUAUCAUACUUCUGAAAUGUUUGCUACUUAAAUUGUGUUGAUUUAUGAUAUUACAUAGAGAACAUUACAUGAGUGUCUUUUCAUAUUGAACUUAUUAAACAAGUUGAAUGAAAUAAUAAAAUGUGAGGCGCUGUCGAGCAUUUUAUCAAUGUUAUUCAGAGUCAGUGUGGAAAGUCACAAAUGUAAUAUUUUUAUCACAUGUUACCUUUUCCUGACGAAAAAAUCAAAAAAUCUACUUUCUUGUUCCUUAAACAAGUCAAUUUGACCAAUGUCUCAUAUGCUAUAAACGAUGUCAACAUCAAAGCUUUAUUACACUAGUGUAUUAUCAAUUUUAUGUAAUGGCUUUGUUAUACUCCGGCAAUGUCAAACAUGUGAUAAAUAUAUUUAAUAGACACUGCUGUUGAAUUUUUAGCCAUAUUCCUCCAGCUACCCGGAACAGUGUUCUAAGAAAUAAAGAGUAAUCUUGUAAUUGUUGUCAAAUGAAUAAAAGUAGUACACUGUUCUGCUCGGGUACCCUGCACUACUAUGGGGAUUAUGCAUAGUUGAUAGGAUCCAAGGUCAUUAAUAUUUACCUUGUGUCUUGUGUUUACCCCAGCUUUUAUUUGGAACAGUCGGCACAUGAUCUAAACAUUCUUGAACACUACCCUUUCAUAGAGUGUGUGCAGAAUGUUCUGAGCAGUCAAAGGAAUACAACUUUUCAAAUUGAUACUUUUCUAGAGGCAUAGAUCUUGAACUGAGAACUAUUAGUAUGUAUGUGUCUUUAUUAUCAAAGGACAUUUUGUUCUUAAUAUUUAUGUUUUGAAAGUGCUAAAUUUGACUUGUAUUCUAAAUUGUUAUUUAUAUUAAUAAAAUACAUGAACUAUU